AGAGAAGAGGACAGUCUCUCCAUCCCCCAGCGGUGUUUCUAUGAGUGACCGAUCCAUAGAUGUUCCUGUGGGCUUCAGUAAUGAUCCUGGAUUCCCAGACCAAAAAUGGGCUUCACUGCAGGAGACUCAGAGGAACCUGAGGAUGAAUCCAGAGAACAGAGCAGUCUCUCCAUCACCCAGUGGCGUUUCUAUAAGGAGUGACCGAUCCAUAGAUCUUCCUGUGGGCUUCAGUAAUUCUCCUCAAUUCCCAGACCAAAGAGGGAGGAAGAGGAGCAACAUUGGUGAGGAGGAGCAGCCGUCCUGCUGUGCUUUGUGUCAGAAGGUUCUGGUGGAUCCGGUCUCUACCAGCUGUGGACACUGGUUCUGCAGACAGUGCAUCAGGUCCUACUGGGACCAGUCUGCUCCAUCUGGACCCUCCUCCUGCCCCCAGUGUGGGAAACGACCCAGAACAGGAGCUGGACUGCUGACAGCCAAUCAGAGCAGCUGUGCUCCAGAUGUUGUUCUGCAGGAGGUUCUAGAGGAACAUAAGAUCAGUCUAAGGAGGAGAUGUGAAUGUGUGACUGAAGGAAGUGAUGAAACAGGAAGUAGAACCCUCCUCAACAGGAUCUACACUGAUCUCUACAUCACAGAGGGACAGAGUGAAGAGGUUAACACCCAGCAUGAGGUGAAGCAGCUGGAGAGAGCUUCCCAGAUCCAGAACCUCCAUGACUCUCCAAUCAGGUGCCAGGACAUCUUUAAAUCCUUCCCUGACCAACAUGGAGCCAUCAGAGUGGUUCUGACCAACGGCGUCGCUGGUGUUGGAAAAACCUUCUCAGUGCAGAAGUUCACUCUGGACUGGGCCGAGGGCUUGGAGAACCAGGAUGUCAGUGUGGUGGUUCUGCUGUCGUUCAGGGAGCUGAACCUGAUCAGAGAUCAGCAGCACAGUCUUCUCUCGCUGCUCCAUGUUUUCCAUCCAACACUCCAGAAGCUCCCAGCAGAGCAGCUGGAUAAAUGCAAACUGCUCUUCAUCUUUGAUGGCCUGGAUGAAAGCAGACUUUCACUGGACUUCAACAGCAGGCAGCUGGUUUCUGACGUCACACAGACGUCAUCAGUCAACGUUCUGCUGACAAACCUCAUCAAGGGGAACCUGCUUCCCUCGGCUCUCAUCUGGAUAACUACCAGACCUGCAGCGGCCAAUCAGAUCCCUCCUUCAUGUGUUUCCAGGGUAACAGAAGUACGAGGCUUCACCGACGCCCAGAAGGAGGAGUACUUCAGGAGGAGGUUCAGUGAUGAAGAGCUGUCCAGCAGAAUCAUCUCCCACAUCAAGAAAUCAAAAACUCUCCACAUCAUGUGUGGAAUCCCAGUCUUCUGCUGGAUCACUGCUACGGUUCUGGAGAACAUGUUGACCUCAGAGCAGAGAGGAGAGCUGCCCAAGACCAUGACUGACAUGUACUCACACUUCCUGCUGGUCCAGACAAAGAGGAAGAAGAACAAGUACCAUGGAGGACAUGAGACAAGUUCACAGGAGCUGAUGGAGGCAGACAGGGAAGUUCUUCUGAAGCUGGGGAAACUGGCGUUUGAACAUCUGGAGAAAGGAAACAUCAUGUUCUACCAAGAAGACCUGGAGCAGUGUGGUCUGGAUGUCACAGAGGCCUCAGUGUACUCAGGAGUUUGUACAGAGAUCUUCAAAAGAGAGAAUCUGAUCUUCCAGAAACCAGUUUACUGCUUUGUUCAUCUGACCAUCCAGGAGUUUCUGGCUGCAGUCUACAUGCUCCACUGUUUCACCACCAGGAGGUUAGAGGUCAUCAAGACGUUCCUGGGAGGA